GGAAUGUUUUGCCUCCUGCUAAAGCAUUAACCCAGCACAGGACCAAACUAUUGUAUGGCACCUGAAAACGUUUCUUUGAAAAGCUGUGUUCACUCAAGCACCCUCAGUCAGUCAGAGCACUGCCUCUUGUACGCUCCAUAACCUCCUCUAAUGACUCAUUUUUGUUGUCUUGUUUGGGAUUUUUGUCUUCCCCACUAAACCCGUGCAGGGUCAGGGCUGGGGGCUCUGGGCUGGGCUAGGAGGUGCAGUUUGUACAGCAGGUCUGAUGGCAGAACAGCACUUCCUUCUUCAAACCCAGUCCGUCUAGAAGGGCACUGUGAACCCUACAAAUCCCACUGUAAAUCCUACAAAUGGCUGGGAGGAUUACAGAGAGAGCUGGUUGGAGACCACUGCACUUUGCACGUGCACACACAGAUCCGGUCUGCAGCACUGCAGCCACACCAGCAGCUCGGACUGCAAAGUGCUUGGGCUGCUGUGUGCUCCCCCCUGGCAGAAGUCACCUUGUUGUCAGGAUGUCCAGCUUUCUGGGGUGCCAGACGAGCAUCUAACCCUGUAGUGACAGCCCUGCAGCAGGCACAGCACGGCACAGCCAGCCCAAGCUGUGGGUGCCCGGCUCUCUGCUGCUCUCCAGCUGCCUUUGCCAGGGGCUGGGCUGUCCUCGGCUCCUCUGCUGCCAUCAGAUAACCCUGCUGUUGAAUCUGACAAACACAGUCACGCACAGCACAUGGAACAGCCCUGGACACGUCCGGGCUCCAAAGGGAAGGAGCCGGGAGGGUCAGCGGAGGCAGCCCUGCUGCUCCCCGGCACCGUGUGCCCUCCGGCGCUGCUGUCACAGCUGAGCUCAGCGCACGGCCCCGGGGCGCUGGGCUGCCUGGCUGCAGGCAUUCCUGCCGUGAAACUCCUCCAUUCAUUGCGGGAGCUGGGAGGAGCCGGCGGGGCCCUUUGCAAGAUGAUUGGAAAGCAGCUGACAAGUCCGGUGAGGAAUGAGCUUGUCCCUCCGUGAGCCACACCUGCCCAAAGGCACCCCAGAGGAGAAUGAGAAGCAUGAGAAGCUGUGCCUGGAGAGGGAGCAGGAGCAGAAGAAGGCGGGCAAGGCCAGCGUGCCACGGGCCAACAGCACCCUGUCCCCAGAGGAGCCGCGGAGCGAGCUGCUGGUGCCCAUCUCCCCGCCGGGCCCGGUGCCCCUGCCGCCCGCGCCCCUGGCAGCGCCCAUCUCGGUCAUCCCCAUCCCCGUGGUCACCAGCUCCCCGCAGCAGGCAGCCCAGGCCGCGCUGUCGCCGCCGCUGGUGCAGCGCCACCAGCCCCUCGUGAGCACUCCCAGCGUCCCCAAGGAAGCGCCCUCGGUGGCCCCGGUGAUCCAGCGGCCGCAGCUGCCGGAUGGAAAAGCGGCCACGCCGCCGUCGGGCAGCCCCAAGCCGCUGCCGCAGUACGCGGCGCCGGUGCUGGCCAUCUCCCAGCACCAUGUGGUGCCGCAGCCCAUCCAGCCCCUGCAGCCCCCGGCGGCGCCCGCGCCGCUCGGCGCCCUGAAGCUGGCACCGGCGGACGAGAUGAAACCCAUCGAGCUCAAGAAGAGAAUUGGAGGGGUUGGGACCAGGGAAGUACAUAAUAAAUUGGAGAAGAACAGACGUGCACAUUUGAAAGAGUGCUUUGAGACAUUAAAGCGCAACAUCCCCAACGUGGAUGACAAGAAGACCUCAAACCUCAGCGUCCUCAGGAGUGCCUUGCGAUACAUCCAGACUUUGAAGAGGAAGGAGAAGGAGUACGAGCACGAGAUGGAGCGGCUGGCGAGGGAGAAGAUCGCGACCCAGCAGCGGCUGGCAGAGCUGAAGAACGAGCUGAGCCAGUGGAUGGAUGUUCUGGAGAUUGACAGGAUUAUUCGACAGACAGUUCAGCCAGAGGAUGACCAGGCAUCUACCUCGACAGCAUCAGAGGGUGAAGACAACAUGGAUGAAGAUAUGGAAGAUGACAGGCCAGUGAACUCAUUACCAAAACUCACCCAGCGCCAGCACCCAGAGCUGCUGAAAGCCGUCCCCCCCAGUGCUGCUGCCCCCCUGCCCACGGUCCUGCCCCCACACGUGUCCAUCCAGCAGAAGCCCCACGCCCAGCCCUCCCUGCAGACACAAGCCCUGGUCCCGCCGCAGGCCAUCGUCCCUGCACAGACUCACAUCGUGGCGGCCUCGACCGUGCAAUCGACUGUUAUCGCGCACACCGCCACCACCCACGCCUCGGUCAUCCAGACUGUCAACCACGUCAUCCAGGGGCCACAGACCAAGCACAUUGCCCACAUUGCACCUUCCACGUCCAGCCCCGUGCAACUCACCACCGCUGCUCAGCCCAUCGGCCACAUCACUGUGCACCCCGCCACCAUCAACCACAUGGCCCACCUGGGCCCGCAGCUGCCCAUCUACCCGCAGCCCGUGGCCGUCAGCCAGCCCGUGGUGAGCCACAUCGCUCACACCAUCUCGCACCAGCAGGUGAACGGCACGGCGGGCCUGGGCCAGCCGGCCGUGGUGGCCAAGCCGGCCGUGGGCGCGCAGGUGGUGCACCACCCGCAGCUGGUGGGGCAGACCGUGCUCAACCCCGUGACUAUGGUGACCAUGCCCUCGUUCCCCGUGAGCACGCUCAAGCUGGCCUAGAGGGCACGCGCCGCCCGCUCUGUGCUGGGAACCCUUCCUGAGGAAACUCCGUACAUUCCAAGCGCUGCGGCUCGGCGCGGCGGGCGCGCAACGCCGGGCUGGCCGGGGCCGCGCCCUGACACACUUCAGAGACACUUGGUCAUGGUGAUUUUUUUUCCUUUUAUGUGUAAUGAGUGAACUAUGGAUAUGAUGUUCUUAAGACUUUUAAUUUCGCCCUCCUUAUGUGUUGCUUCUUUGUAGAAUAAAAAUUGCUGAUCUCUUUAUCGAGACAUUGCGUAGAAUGGGAAAAAAAAUCAUAGAAGUCUAUAUUUAUAUAUAUGUGUGUAUGUGUGUGUAUAUAUAUAUGUAUAUACAUAUAUAUAUAAAUAUAACAUUUGAAGGCCUUUUGUAAGGUUGAUUAUUUUGCAGGAUUAUGAGACAAAAUUCAUUUUUGGAGGAAGAAGCCAGAGUGUCCUCUCUAAACAAGAAACUAUAAGAUAGAUGGUUUGGUGGACCAGAGUACAGUGACAAAAAGCCCCCAACAACAAACCACGAGUCAAACCAUGUUAAAGGUAUUUCCCAUCAAUAUAUUACAUUUCAAAAACCAUCUAAAAUCACUGUGACUUGUUAUGGCAUUUUAAGGAAAUUCUCUGUCCUGUCUAAUAAAAGGAAAAAGAAUACACAACCAGACUUGAUUUGUUGCCAUUUUAUAAAUUACUUGAUUUUAUGUCAAAAAAAUACUGGUUUUUAUUAUUUUAAUGAUUGACAAUGCUUUGUUUGGAUGUUUUUGGGGGAAUUUGUAUUUUGUCUGGCUUGGUUUGCUGAUGCAAUAAUUGGUUUUGCAGAUCUCUGUGCAUGGCAUGGCCCUGGUCAGGUCCCUCCUGCUGGUCCAAGCUCCCCCAGGCUUCUUGGGUUUGUUGUUUGGCAGAGGCACACACUUUGUGCUGGCAGCUGGCAGGGCGUUUCUGUGGCCUGGUGAGCGGAGCCUGGGACAAGAAGACGUAGAGAAAUGAGGUAGAUUUGCUGCAUGGGUUAAUGUGUGUUAGUUUGCUCUGUCCUGACCACGCUUUGGGGCGGGAGCCGGUGGGUUUGGAAAGGGGUGAAAGGGGAUGUGGUUCCCUUCCAGAGCGCAGGCAGUCCUAGCAGCUGUGUUCCCUUUGACAGGGGAGCAAUCUCUCCUCACGCAGGACAGGGCUUUGCUGCAGGAGGUCGGUGUGAGAGCUGUGUGUGACAGUGAGGCGUGCACCAAAGAACCCUCAUCCCUCAGGGCCCUCCCGUUCCCCUUCCUUGUGGUUGGGCAGGCCUGUCUGAGGGCAGUGGCACAUCCCAGAGAGCCAGGAGAGCAGGAAUGCUGUUUGGCUCUGCUGGAACCUGCCGGCUGCCCGGGAGGCUGCUCGCUGGAUGUUCUGGUCCUUGCACAGGGCGUGUAGCUGCUGCUGUGAAUGAUCUCCAUUCUGUCUUCCUCUCUUCUUAAAACAAGAAUUCCACAGUCCUUACUGCGAGCAAAAUGCUGCUGUAGGCAGCAGCUGUUCUGCCAGGGCAGGGUGGGAGGAUGGUCCCAUGUGUGCCCAGGAGCUCUGGGAGAGGAGGAGGAGGUGGCUGAGCUGAGUCCAGUGUGGGGCCGAGGUCUCCUGCAGGAAAACAGCAUCCAUGCUCUGCCCAAAAGACCUGCUGGCUCUAGCAGGACUUCAGCCUGCUGAGGGCUGGUGUGAGCAGUGUCAGGGAUGUAACUGAGAACAUCUGCCUGCUCCAUACUGUCCCCAGUUAAAACUGGUCUGAGGCAGGAGAAGUGACUGCAGAGGUCAGGGGUGAUUGUGCCUUCUGAGCAGGUGUCACUGGGAAUUGUGUGAAGUCUGUUCAUAAAGCCCAAGUUACCACUUGUUUUAUUUUUCUUUCGUGCGUUCUUGAGUUCAGGAAGGUCUUGGCUGUGCUUGCCAGCACAGCUCCUGCAGAAUGGACAAACCUUGAAGGAUUUCUUUUCAUAGAACCCCAUUUAAGCAGAUCAUUUGUUCUCAUUCCAGUGCAUCAUUAACACUGCGGGAUUCCCAGAAUUGCCAGGACUUUGUUGUCCUCUGUCCCUGCAGAUGGCCCAAGGAGGCCAUUGUGUGCCAGUAUUUGAGAGCCAGGGUGGGUAUGGCUCAGUUUCUCCUCAUCAGAAACUCCUCAGCGCUGACUGUGUGCAGCAGGGUCACCUCCCUUCUCAGGAGGGAGGGCGGCUUUGCCUUCUGCAGCAGCCUCAGGAAGGGGAGGACGUGUGCUUCUGCCUUGUUUUACUGCUCCACUCACAAAGUCACAAAUUCUCCUCACUGAAGGAGAAGGAGCCAGGUUGGGAACGGGCUUGGUGAGAUGAGCUUGCUGCUGGGUUGCUGAAUGGGCUGUGCUGUGUGGACAGGGUGCUGCUGAGCUCAUCUUCUCCUCCCUUAUGGUUUAGAGCAGAGUGCCCUGCCUUGCCCAGGACUAUCUUGGCCAGUUUCUCUUUCCCCCUGGAAGUGUGCCAUGCAGUCUGUCUGUCUGCUCCCCUUCAUGGGUGUUUGUCCCCAUUAGGAGCACCCCCUUGGUCUGCCCAGGGGCUGCUCCAGAUGUCCUGUGUACCCCUGCUCCCAUCUGCCGUUUUCAGGGCUACCAGAAGCAUUCUUUGGGAUUUUUCUUUUUGUUUUUCAAAGUCAGCAAACUUCUCUCUAUUCUGUGGGAAGAAGAGUGGCCACAGCCCUUCCUUUUCCACCUCUGUUGUUCCUGCUCAGAAACUUUGGAUUUACACUGAUGCUCUUAGAAAUCCCGUUCAGUACUGUAUGACAAGGGGCACUUUAGGAAUGUCUCUCCUCCUUUGAUAUAUGUUUUCCCUAUGGAGAAAGCUAUAUAUAAAUAUAUAUGUACACUUGGGGAUUCAUAAGAUCUCAUUUGUCCCCCAAAAAACCAAUAAAUAUGAAGUUUACAAGAAAUCUCUUCUGUUGUUGAAUAAUAUUGGUAACCAUGCCACAGAAACAAUAGGAAAUGGGGUUUCUGCACAGUAGUUUGAGAGGGUUUUCUGUGCUGUCAGCCCUGGCUUGGAGCUGUUGGUCAGUGGAGAUGGUUCUGCCGAGGGCAGGUGCCCUUGCAGCCCCCACUCUCCACGUCCUGCUGCCAACAGCCCAGCUGUGCUCGGGAGCUGGGGCUGUGCUCGGAGCUCGGGCAGCACGGCCGGGGCUGUUUGCAGCUGGGCAGAUGUGUGGGCACUGUGGGCACAGAGCCCCGGGCUGGCCACGGGGAGCCUCGUGCUGGGCUGUGCCCACGCCUGCCAGGGCCACUGCCAGCCCAGCCUCAGGGAGGGGCAGGCAGAGGGCAAAGAACCCCAACUGCUACUUCAAAACCAUCCUGAAAAGAGCUCUUGACGCUGACACUUUAGGUACAGGAAUGUAAUCCAGACCUCACCAGUAACAAUUUGCUAGAUCUGUGUAGCUGGUCUUGGGAAGGGAAGUGAUCUGAUCUCCCGUGGUCUCUGCAGUUGCUUGUGUGGGAUCCCUGGGGGCACAGUGGGGGCAGCUGCUGACCCAUAUUCCACAUGGGAAAUAAGGGCUGGAGCCAAGCUGCUGCCAUCGGGGUUUUUCUGCAUGUGUGUGUGUGUGUGUCCAUCUGUCUGUCCUGCUGGAGCCGAGUGUUGGGUGUCGAAGGCCAGAAGGGCUCCAGUGUCCCCUGGCCCCUGGCACGGCUGGGUUUUGGUUUCUUGAGCAGAGCUGGACAGAGGGGAUGGCCCUUUGCAGAGGCCUCUGCUCUCCAAGUGCCCAGGGCACAUCCAGACCCACUGAGCCCACUGCUGUGCUGCUCUUGGGCUCCUUGUCUUUUUUUUUCCUUUUUUAUUUCAAAGUGGCCUUCUGUAACAAAAGAAACAAAAAAAAUGCCUUGGGUGGUUUCGGUGGAGGUGAGGUGUCGCUGCUGUGUCGGUGUCGGUGUGGUUGUCCGUGCGCACGCCUGGUAGAUUCCUGUAGACAUGCAAUGCAAGGCUUAUCGUGUCUGGUUUUUGUAUGUAGCCUGUGUCUCUUUGGACUGGUUUGCAUCCUGAGGGUGUUUUUUGCAUUUAAAGAAAAAACAGUGAGAACUGUUCCAGGUUGGGUGGGUCCAAGGGGCUCAGGGGACCUCCCGUGUGCCAGGGUCAGGGGAGGGUUCCUCCUGCCCCGUGGGAUGAUGUGGUCAGUGCUUGUGGCCCCUCUCCUUUGUGAUGGCUGUCCAGUGUCCCCACUGUGCCAGGGGGGUGAGCAGCCUUGGCCAGAUGAACCAGGUGACCUCUGCUUACCUGAGCAGGACUUUGGCUCAGCCUGUCUCGGUUCAGGCACUUGCUUAAUUAGCUUAAUUAGAUAUGUGGCUGCUGCAGAGGGCUCCUGGAGCUGGUGUGGAGGUGGGCAGCUCUGAGCACUCACAGGUGAGGCUCCUCUGAGACUUGGCAUGUUUUUUUCUGAACAGUUGUGCAUUCCGGUCUUACUUUGAUUCUAAAAGCUAUGGGGGUGAGGAAAGGAAAACCCUCAUACUUCUGGCCUGUUUUCCGUCCCUUGUUAUCAUUUGGAACAGAUUAAAAUGGAUUAUAACACUGUCUUUAGGUUAUUUUCUCCCUGAGUGAAACAUCAGUUGUUAGGAGCAGAUGUUUAGUGUUAAGGAAAAUAGGCUGUGGGUAGAAUCAGUCAUGGCUUCUUUCUGUCCCUGUUAUACAGAACUUGAUAAUCCAAACUUGAACUAUUAAAAUAGCAGCCUGAGCCCAGCACUGGAUGGUGCAGUCCUGGCAGAGUUGUGUUUGGCUGUUCCCAGGCUGGCUCGCUCCUCACCUGAGGCUGCUGAGCAGUGCAGGAAGGCCCCACUCGCCUCUGUCCCUGCACUGUCGGGGCAGGCUCAGGGGUUUCGGGGUGGGGUUUGGUGGGAGUGGGCUGUGGGAUGUCACGGUGCUCCUCGGGACGGCGUGGCUGGUUCUGCUCUAGCUCUGGAUGAGGCCCCUUCAUUCAGCCAUCCCUUGUGCUGUGAAUAGGAAUUUGAGUGUGAGGGAGCGCUGGUGCAGCAGUCACCAGCAGGGACCUGCCCAAGCCCCAGCCCUGUGCCAGGCAGGAGGCAGGAGCUGCCCAGGCUGUGCUGCUGUGGCCGGCCCAGCCCCUCUGGAAUGCCUUAUGGAUACGCCUUAACACCCUGAGCCAAAACGUGCUGGGGCUGGGCAGGGGCUGCCUGCGCCCACCCGGUGCUUUACUGGCGUCUGCUCAGGCCCAGCCUGGGCAUCGCUGGGUGAGGAGCCCUGCUGGCAGUGGGGACCCCCUGCUCUGUCACUGCACGUGACCCCCCCUCCUGCCUGAAGCAUUUAUUUAUUUAUUUUAUCUGGCUGUGCUCCCCGCGUUAGGAAUGUGUCCUGGAGCUGCUGACUGUGAGCCCAGCCCGUCGCUGGCCUGGAGCCCCUGUCCCUCCCCUGCACCUCACAGGAGCCCCACGCUCACCUGGGCAGGUGCAGUCUGUGUUUACAGUGAGGACGUGUCACUGUGUUACCAAUUUACUGAAAUACUGAAUAUUGACAAACUAGACUGUAAAGAUUUUUAUGUGUUUGGAUACAUCUGCUAUGUGAAAAAGCAACUAAUUUUGUACAUAUUGUAUUUUUACUAUUCAGCUGUACAAUACUGGCUCUUCAUGCUCCAGAAUUUAGGUAUCCAACAUGAAUGAUAUCCAUGUAAUAAGCACUUGCCUGAAAUAAAUAUAAAAAUGAAAUAAACAUGCACUGAAAUCCGAAA